GGCCGCGGCCCGACGGGAUCUUUCGAGAAUUGCCGGCCCCGCGCUCCCCCCUCAGCGCCGCCGCCAUGUCCGUGGUGGGCAUCGACCUGGGCUUCCAGAGCUGCUACGUGGCCGUGGCCCGCGCCGGCGGCAUCGAGACCGUCGCCAACGAGUACAGCGACCGCAGCACGCCCUCCUGUAUAUCCUUUGGCCCCAAGAAUCGCUCGAUUGGUGCUGCAGCUAAAAGCCAGGUUAUUUCAAAUGCAAAGAAUACAGUACAAAGUUUUAAAAGAUUUCAUGGUCGUGCAUUCUCAGAUCCCUUUGUUCAAGCUGAAAAAGCAAGCCUUGCCUAUGAACUUGUCCAGCUGCCAACAGGCUCAACUGGCAUCAAGGCCAUGUAUAUGGAAGAAGAAAGAAACUUUACUAUUGAGCAGGUGACAGGAAUGCUUCUUACCAAAUUAAAGGAGACUGCUGAGAAUGCGCUUAAGAAGCCUGUGGUUGACUGUGUUGUUUCUGUUCCUUCUUUCUACACAGAUGCAGAAAGGAGGUCUGUGAUGGAUGCUACACAGAUUGCUGGUCUCAACUGUCUGAGACUAAUAAAUGAAACAACUGCAGUUGCCCUUGCAUAUGGGAUCUAUAAGCAAGACCUGCCUGCCUUGGAAGAGAAGCCACGGAACGUUGUUUUUGUGGACAUGGGGCAUUCUGCAUAUCAAGUUUCUGUUUGUGCAUUCAACAAAGGCAAACUGAAAGUUCUUGCUACAGCGUUUGAUACAACACUUGGAGGCAGGAAGUUUGAUCAGGUGUUAGUUGAAUACUUUUGCGAAGAAUUCGGAAAGAAAUAUAAACUAGACAUAAAGUCCAAGAUCCGGGCGCUGCUGAGGCUGUACCAGGAGUGUGAGAAGCUGAAAAAACUGAUGAGUGCCAACGCCUCUGAUCUGCCCAUGAACAUUGAGUGCUUCAUGAACGACAUAGAUGUCUCUGGAAUGAUGAACAGAGGCAAAUUUUUAGAGAUGUGUGACGGACUCCUUGCAAGAGUUGAGCCGCCCCUUCGCAGUGUCCUGGAGCAGGCCAAGUUAAAGAAGGAGGAUAUUUAUGCUGUAGAGAUAGUUGGUGGUACCACAAGAAUCCCUGCUGUAAAAGAGAAGAUCAGUAAAUUUUUUGGCAAAGAAGUCAGUACGACUUUGAAUGCAGAUGAGGCUGUGGCACGAGGUUGUGCACUGCAGUGUGCUAUUCUAUCCCCGGCUUUCAAAGUGAGAGAGUUUUCCAUCACAGAUUUGAUACCGUAUCCUAUUUCUUUGCGAUGGAAUUCCCCAGCAGAGGAAGGGUUAAGUGACUGUGAGGUCUUUCCCAAGAACCAUCCUGCUCCGUUUUCCAAGGUCCUCACGUUCUACAGAAAGGAGCCCUUUACUCUGGAGGCGUACUACAGUUCCCCCAAGGACCUGCCUUACCCAGAUAGUGCUAUAGCUCACUUCUUGGUUCAGAAGGUCACUCCUCAAACAGAUGGAUCAAGUUCCAAAGUGAAAGUCAAAGUCAGAGUAAAUAUCCAUGGCAUCUUCAGUGUUUCGAGCGCAUCUUUAGUGGAGGUUCAUAAAUCUGAUGAGAAUGAAGAGCCUAUGGAGACAGAUCAGCACGCAAAGGAGGAAGAGAAGAUGCAAGUAGAUGAGGAGCAACAAAAAGCUGAAGAACAACAGCAGACCCAACCUGAAAAUAAGGCAGAGUCUGAAGAAAUGGAGACUUGUCAGGCUGACUCAAAAGACAAGAAGGUGGAUCAACCACCUCAAGCCAAGAAGGCCAAAGUGAAGACGACCACAGUGGACCUUCCCAUUGAGAACCAGUUGGUGUGGCAGAUAGGGAAGGAUAUGCUCAACUUAUUCAUUGAGAAUGAGGGUAAGAUGAUAAUGCAGGACAAGCUGGAGAAGGAGAGGAAUGAUGCCAAGAAUGCAGUGGAAGAGUAUGUGUAUGAAAUGAGAGACAAACUCUGCAGUGUUUAUGAGAAAUUUAUUGGUGAAGAUGAUCGGAAUAGCUUCACACUGAAGCUGGAAGAUACAGAAAAUUGGCUUUAUGAAGAUGGUGAAGACCAGCCCAAACAAAUAUACAUUGAUAAAUUGACAGAACUGAAGACUCUGGGUCAGCCUAUUCAGGCAAGAUUCCAAGAAUCGGAGGAAAGACCAAAAGCAUUUGAGGAGCUGGGGAAGCAAAUCCAACAGUACAUGAAAGCUGUUCACGCAUACAAAGCAAAGGAUGAACAGUACGAGCACCUCGAUGAAGCCGACAUGGCAAAGGUGGAGAAGAAUGCAAAUGAAGCCAUGGAGUGGAUGAACAAUAACCUCAAUCUGCAGAACAAGAGAAGUCUUACUUUGGACCCAGUCAUAAAAGCGAAAGACAUCCAGGCUAAAACUAAAGAAUUGGCAAAUAUUUGUAAUCCCAUAGUCAGCAAACCCAAACCCAAGGUGGAACUGCCGAAGGAGGAGCAGAAGCCGACAGAACCCAACGGACCAGUGGACGGGCAGGGAGAUGCCAGGAGCGGGGCCCAGGCCCCCGAGCAGGGCACUGCCCCCACAGCCACCGAGAAGAAGCUUCCAGAAAUGGACAUUGACUGAAUUUCAGCACUUGUUUAUAUUAUUGCAAACUACAAUAAAGCUUUAAGUUGUCAA